CCUUCGCUGCUCCUCUCCGCGAAUUUGUCCCUCUUUUAAAACCCACUUGUUUUUAAGACGUGCGUACGUGAGCUCCAAAAUGCCUCCUGUAAACUUUGCCCUGCUCCUCCCUCCCUCUGCAGCCGCCUGGACCUUCUGAAACAAGUUUUCUGCCCUUUUUAAAAGCAAAAAUAAAACCUCUUUCCCUCUUCAACCGGAGUUAGCCCGUCGGAAGUCGAGACCUCCCCGAAACCCUAGCAAAAAAACCAAAACAAAACCGCAUCCACUCCUCAGCCUCCCUCGACGGCGACCGUUUCUCUCUGGCUGCUUCCUCCCCGCUGGUCAGUUUCCUCGAAGGGCCGCCCUUCCCGUCGAGGGGAGGAGCCUGAGGCGAAGGAGAGCCCCCACCCCCGUUAAUUCAGGUGCCUCCGGCCCCCAAGUCGCACAAAGCCCCCGGGAGACGGAGCGCACGGGAGCAGGCAGGCAGCAGCGCCCGCGGGACUCCGACGGGACGCACCUCUGCUGCGCCUCUCCCAGGCAGGGCUGGUGGCGUCGCUGCGCGGGCGAGCUCCUUGCUCUGCCCGGAGAAAGGUCACUCCAAUCCUGGCCGCUGAUCCUCGGCCGUCCGAGGACGACCCGGCCCCGUCAGCUUGGAAGGAGACGGGAAGGGCGGCUGGGGCCGAGAGCCGCUUAGGCUCAGCGAGGACUCGCAAGCCGCCUUCGCCCGCUGCUGCCCUCUGACACGAGCAGAUCCCGACGGGAGUUGGUCGCCUGAGGAGCCUCUCAAAUCCUUCCAGCCGUCGGAAGGAGGAGAAGAAGAAGAAGGAGAAGCAGGGUCCCUCCGUCGUGCUCUUGUUGGACGGCUGAGCAAGGAAGGAGCGCGCAUGGCAUAGGGGAGCCCCCGGGGGUCCUUGGAAGGGGAGGAUCGAGGGCUGUCCUCCUCGCCCUCCCCCCUCCCCACACCAGCCCCCUGCCCUGCCGCCAGGAGAGCUCCAUGCACCUGCAGCAAGGCUCCCUUCUGAACAUGACCGACGGCGGCUUCUCCCUGACUGGGCACUUGGUGAGGAGCCCCAGCGGAGGAGGGAACCCGUCGAGGCUCCACAGCAUCGAAGCGAUCCUGGGAUUUACCAAAGAGGACCCUCUUUUGGGUGCCUUCCAAGCCCACGAUGCCAGUGGCGGAGGCAGGCCCAUGAAGGAGGGAGAGAAGCGCAGCCCCAGGGAUUGCUUCUCCAAAAUGCCAGCUGAGCAGCCUGGGCAGGGCCAGGAAGGGCCCGCGGAAGAACACUUCGGAGACCCCUACUGCUCCAAACGCUCAGAAGAGUGCUUGAGUCCAGAGCUGGCCACUUGCAACAACAGCGACGGCAAACUGUCCGAUGAAGACCAGCCCAAGAAGAAACACCGGAGGAACCGGACAACCUUCACCACCUACCAGCUGCACGAACUUGAGCGAGCCUUCGAGAAAUCCCACUAUCCCGAUGUCUAUAGCCGAGAGGAGCUGGCUAUGAAGGUCAACCUACCUGAAGUGAGAGUCCAGGUUUGGUUUCAGAACCGGAGAGCCAAGUGGCGUCGUCAAGAGAAGCUGGAGGUGACAUCCAUGAAGUUGCAGGAUUCCCCCAUCCUCUCCUUCAACCGCUCACCUCAGCCCUCUGCCAUCGGGACCAUUGGCAGCAACUUGCCCCUGGACUCGUGGCUGAACCCGCCCAUGCCCAACACCAGCCCCCUGCAGACGUUGCCAGGAUUCGUGGCUUCCCCACAGAGCCUCCCCAGCAGCUACACCCCUCCCCCUUUCCUAAACUCUCCCCCCAUGGGACACACCUUGCAACCCCUAGGAGCCAUGGGGCCUCCACCGCCUUACCAGUGCGGGACAAACUUUGUGGACAAAUUCCCGCUGGAAGAGGUGGACCCCCGCAACACCAGUAUUGCUGCGCUGAGGAUGAAGGCGAAGGAGCACAUCCAGUCCAUUGGGAAACCGUGGCAGACAAUAUGAGGAGGGAGAUCUCUGGCUCGCGUGGUUUGUGAGAAAAGCUCCCCUUGCUCCACCUUUGGAAAGUGGUCUCAUCCCUUAGAUCUUAUGUUCUGGACAGAUAAGCAAAGACUAUUGCUGUUAAGAGUGCCCCCUCAUUCUGUGUUGUAGAAGGGACCUGAGCAUUAAACAGAAAACGUUCUGCACCAACCCCUUAAUCCUCCAAUUUAGCCACUGCAAUCUUUGUGUUCUUCCCCACCUUUGGCACAAGACUUAGGGCUUGGUUCUAGCUUUGCUUUGAUUGUUGUAUUUCUUCUUUUUUAAUGAUCUAAUCAUCCAAUAUCCCUGACUCAUUGGCUGGAUUACAGUAGAGGUGACGAAGAAGCAGGAAAAUGAUGUAUCCUUCCUAGGGACGUUUUGUAAAAUUAAAGCACACAUAUUUUCAGACAGGA